AUGUCGAAGUCAGAGAAGAAGAUUGUGUUAAAGAGCUUAGAUAACGAGGCAUUUGAAGUUGAAAAAGCGGUGGCACUCCAGUCGCAGACCAUAUGGGUUAUGUGUGAAGAUAAAUGUGUCGGCAACGAAAUUCCUCUUGAAAACGUCACCGGCCAGAUCCUCGCCAAAGUGAUCGAUUAUUGCAAGAAACACGCCGUCGUCGAUGGUGAUGGUGAUGAGUCUUCUGAGGAACUCAAGAACUGGGACACUGAGUUUACAAAAAAUAUGGAUCAAUCCACGCUCUUUAACAUGAUUUUGGCUGCUAAUUAUCUAAACAUCAAAAGUCUUCUUAAUCUCACUUGCCAGGCAGUUGCUGAUAAAACCAAAACUAUUGAUGAGUUUCACACUUUUUUGAACAUCGAGAACAAUUUUACACCCGAGGAAGAAGCACAGAUUUGCCAAGAAAACCUAUGGGCUUUUGACGACUGA